AUGAGAAUCAAAGGGAUUCUCAUAUUUUCAAAAAAAAUUUUUGAUCUCCGAUUCGAAACGAAAAAAAAACAAUUUCUUAAACCGGAAUAUUUGAAAAUAAGCAGAAGUGACGAAUCCGAAGUACAAAAUUCUUCUCUUAUCGGUCCAUUCAUUGAAGGAAAUUCAUUUUCACUUUUAUGUGAAUCUGGUGGUGGAAAACCCGUGCCCAUCGUCGAAUGGUGGAAUGGUUCCAUACAAAUGAACGUGACCUAUGAACUUAAGUUUUUCAAAUCAACAUCUUUUAAAACUUGUGUCAUCGAAGGGGAGUGA